AAUUCUACUUCUUCUUCCUCCCCUUUUCUUUACUCUAAUUUCUAUAUACCCUUGCCUGAGGGCUUCGGUUUUUCUACCAUUUAAUCUCACUUUCGAUUCUUUUUGCACACCUGAGAAUGAGCCGGAAGCUCGCCCCCGAAGCAAAUCGGAUUCUAUUUGUCAAAAACCUCAACUACAACGUGACUGCAGAGCAACUGUUCGACCUUUUCGGCAAGUUUGGGCCUAUUCGGCAAAUACGUCAGGGUAUCGCAAACAACUCCAAGGGAACCGCGUUUGUUGUCUACGAAGACGUGCACGACGCCAAACAGGCAUGCGAUAAGCUCAAUGGAUUCAAUUUCCAGAACAGAUACCUCGUCGUUCUCUAUCACCAGCCGGAGAAAAUGGUUCGUUCGAAAGAGGACCUUUCGGAAAGACAAGAAAAUCUCGAACGCCUCAAACAGCAGCAUGGUAUAGAAUGAUGAGGGGAGGAAUGUUCUCGUUCUCUUGGUCCCCUUUGCAGACAUCUAGCUGCAAGUUGUCUAUCAUGGGUUGGCUGUGGGGUUUCCGGCGU